AUAUGGAAUUCAACUAGGUUGCUUGCGUUAUAAAGACCAUUCUUUUGACUACAACUUAUCGUUCAACAUUCAGCUUAUGGCUUAUACUUUGCAAGAUUGGAUAAUAUUUUGAUGAAAGCAAAAUAAGUGUUUUCAUAUCGUUACAUAAUACUCUACAAUAAGGAAAAAUAAUUAAGACGUAACAAAUUUGUAUAUCGACAAUGACGAGAAACAAUUAUACACGUGUUCAGAAUGUGACAGGUUUCCUAAAUUAGAUCCAAGUUAAGUUGUUGGCUGAGUAAACGUGCAUAAUACACGGUAUGUGUGUAUAUUAGAAAAUUCAAUAACCAGCAUUACCAACUGUUAAAUGAUAGUGGAGGGUCAAAUUCAAAAAUGUCCUAUCCCAUGCGCUCUCUACAUUUACGUGAAGAUGACAUUGAUGACAAACCUAACAUUCCUCCACUAGCAGGUCCUGAGAUUGAUGAUUUGGAUCCAACAGAUUCUGGAAUAGAUGAUGGCUUAUUGCCACCAGGAAGACCUGAUGGAAGGCGGGGAAGGAGACCCCCGUCUCACACUCCCUUAUUUCCUGGCAGUGGAGUCGACUAUCCAGCAGAACCUGGACUGGGGCCGACAGUGCCAAGGAAAGGGGUUGAUAUUAAUGUAUACCAGCAUAAGAAGACACUUGCGCAAGGUAUGAUGGAUCUGGCGCUACUCUCAGCCAAUGCCAAUCAGCUUCGAUAUGUCUUGGAGAGCAAAGGAUAUCACCCAUACUAUUACCCUAGUCUUGUCAUGAUAAGCAUGAGCCUUAUUUUACAGAUUGUUGUAGGUAUCGGACUCAUCAUCAAUGGCCGCUACAAUAUUAAACAAGAUGGAGACGUUUGGAAAGCCGACCGCAUCAAUAACUUCACAGUGAUUGGAAUAUUCCUUGUUACUAUCAUCAAUGUUUUCAUAUCAGCAUUUGGGGUUGCCGAUUCGACUUCAAGUGUGGAGCCGCUGAAUAUAAUUGAAAACUUUGAUGCUGAGAAUGCCACGGUUGAGAAUGUCACAAGUUCAUAAUCUGGAAAAUGGAAUGGAAUUAAAUUGUUACUACUUGAAUCUCAUAAUUUUGUAUGUGUUAUAUCCAUUUCUUUCAAAUAUAUUUUGAUAUUCAUUUGAUGAUGAAAUGAACGCAUUGAUUGCCAGUGUUUAAAGGUUAGUUUUAAAUCUGUACACCAAGCAACCAAUAACUGAACAGACUGACAUGGGCAGUUUUGAUUACAAAAGCAUUCAGUUCCGCUCAAUGUUACUAACAAGUCAACCAUGAUGUUCAGUCCUAGGAUCUGUCCUGCACAAGAGACCUGUGAGGUCUUGUCAUUGAUCACCACCUAUUUUAUGGUGCCAAGAAUGAAUUAUAAACCUGGGCAGGAUGUCUGCAUGCAUCCAAUGAUAUUCCUUCAAUUAAAUAUAUUCACUAGAAGGAAGCAAGGAAAAAAGUUUAACAAAAUUAGCGUUCAUACACAUGGAAACAAUUUUACUCAACCGGUUCCCACACAGUGCUAAACAUCUUGUUGAUGAUGAAAAAACAUACAUUACACUGGUGUUGUCAUAAGCACCACCGUCACCACUAUAACUAUACAGCACAACCACCACCUUGAACAGUAACAACAAAUAUUGUACUUGUACAAAUCACAAAUUCUUGCUCAGGUCACAUUUCACAUCUAAUUUAUGAUAUACACAUCCACUGUGUCAGUAAAUUUAGUUCUGGUGAACUAUUUGUAAACAAAAGCACUUGAAGCUUGAAGAAUACACUGCUACAACUGGAAUAAAA